GCGCGGUAUUUUGAACACAACGAAAACAAACAGCUGAGACGUCAACGUGCAAGCUUUCGUGCAUCAAACUCGACCGACAAAACGCCUGUAAGCAACUAAACCAUGUCAAAGAAAGCGCCAAGAGCAGCCCUAAAGCUCCACAUGAAAAAUAAAUCGGAAAUACGGAUAGGAAAAAAUGCGGACUUGAUGGCCCAGCUGAAUCUUCUGAUUUUCCUACAUCGUCUAGCAGAGGAGUCCAGGAUCAAAGCCUUUGAGGGGAAAACAGCAACCAUCAAAGUUCACCACGUCAGAGCUGUCGCCAAGGAUAGGGCUGCACGAUAUGGAGGAAAAAUGCGAUACGUUGUUGGAAAAAUGUGAUGUGCGAUAAGAUAAUAUUAUGAUGUCGUCACCGGAGCAUCCGGAACAUCGGAACCCCCACCGCCCAAAUAUAACUGAACUUUAUUGGAAUAAAAAAGGACCAUCUAUCACAGAGAUCACAAAUAAAGUUGUCUUGUUCAAAAUUGCAUUUGGAUUGCACAGCUCACUGUGCAGCUGGAUCCUGGACUUCCUGUCAAGCAGACGCCAGGUGGUUAAAAUGGGCAGCAACAUCUCCUCAUCGCUGACCCUCAACACUGGAGCCCCGCAGGGCUGUGUUCUCAACCCGCUCCUGUAUUCCCUGUACGCACAUGACUGUGUGGCAACACAUACAGUAGCUCCAAUGCUAUCAUUAAGUUUGCUGAUGAUACUACGGUGGUAGGUCUGAUCACAGACAAUGAUGAAACAGCCUACAGAGAGGAGGUGCACACUCUGACACGCUGGUGUCAGGAGCACAACCUCUCCCUCAACAUCAGCAAGACCAAGGAGCUUGUGGUGGACUUCAGGAGAAAAGACAGAGAACACAGCCCCAUCACCAUCAAUGGAGCACUAGUGGAGAGAGUCAGCGGCUUCAAGUUCCUCGGUGUCCACAUCACUGAGGAACUCGCAUGGUCCAUCCACACUGAGGCCAUUGUGAAGAAGGCUCACCAGCGCCUCUUCUUCCUGAGACGGCUGAGGAAGUUUGGAAUGAACCACCACAUCCUCACAUGGUUCUACACCAGCACUGUAGAGAGCAUCCUGACUGGCUGAUCACUGCCUGGAAUGACAACAGCACUGCUCUCAACCGCAAAGCCCUGCAAAGGGUGGUGCGAACUGCCAGACACUUCAUCGGAGGUGAGCUUCCCUCCCUCCAGGACAUAUAUACCAGGCGGUGUGUGAAAAAAGCUCGGAGGAUCAGAGACUCCAGCCACCCGAGCCAUGGGCUGCUCUCACUGCUACCAUCAGGCAGGUGGUAUCGCAGCAUCAGGACCUGCACCAGCCGACUUCAUGACAACAACUUCCCCCAAGCAAUCAGACUUUUGAACUCUUGAUCUCUCACGAUCAAUAUACAUCAGCACUACACUUUAUUAAUCUCACACUGGACUGUCAUAAAUAUAUUCUCCCUUAACAACACACUAUCAACUGACAGCCUGAAUGUCAAUACAGCACAUACUGUACUGUAUAUUUUAUAUAUACUAUUUUUAUUGUAUACUGUGUAUUCUAUAUUGUGACAUUGUAUAUUAUUAUUUGUAUAUUGUGUUGUGAGUAAUUAUGUGUAUAUUAGUUAUGUAAAUUGUGUUGUGUAAAUCUGAUGUUUAUUGUAGACAAGACACACAAAUAUACAGCUACAAAUGCACAAAUAUUUUGAUGCACAAAAAUCAUUUGAGUCAGCGCCUGUGCACACUGCACGCACACACACCAAGUGACAAUCGCAUGCCCAGUCCAUUCUUUGCUAUGUGCAUCGCCUUGAACGUUACUGUAUUAAAAUCAUUGUUAUCUCAAACCCUUGUGAUUUGCAUAUCGCAAUGUGUACUUUUACAACAUUUCGAUAAUUUCAAUA